GUCGGCUGUUACAAGUUUCCCUGAAAUUUCAACAAGACUGAAGAUGUCAAAAUAUGUCUAAUUUGAAUGUAAUCAGCAGCGAUGAGGAUGAUAUAUGGAACUGCACAUCACAGAAACGAUUGUCACAGCCCAGAAAAGAUCCACACAGAAAGAAAAAAGUUAAAACGAAAACAGGUAUUAAACAUAAAAAUGAUGGAAAACCAAAUUUAAAAGCAGUAACCAAACGGCGGAAAAGCAGGCAGAAAUCUGGAGGCAGCAUAGCAAGCUCUCACAAGUUAGAUGGCAACGUUGCAGCAAAAAUUAAAGCAGAGAGGACACCUAGUAGAAAGAGUUUGGACCAGGAUCGGUCAGGUCGGUGUCCAGUGUGCCAGAUGCCAUUCACAGCCCUUUCGCUGGUAGAGACGCCCAGCUGGCACGUUAAUGAUUGUCAGCUCACAUUUUUCUCCACUGAAAAGGAUGAAAACAAUGCUGUGGAAUGUCCACAGGGGACAGAGUGUGGUUCUACUAUUGCAAGCCAUUACAAAAGGUUUAAACACACAGAGCUGGCCAGGUCCCUCCGUAAAAGCCAGUCCGAGGCUACCAGCUCAAGAGGAAUUGUUGAUUCCGCCAAGGUGAAACUAAACUUUGACAGUUGUAAUCAGCUGUUUUUACCAGGAGCGUCAGCUGAUUGUGCAAUCACUCUGGACACGACCAGUCCACUCUCUAGUUCACAAAGGUCAGGUGAUAUGUUAAUAGAUGAUAACCAUAAUGGUCUCAUAGAAUCUGACCAGGACAUGUUUAAAGAGGGUUUAGAUGAAGAAGUCCAUGAUAAAGCUAUCAGAAAAUGUGAGAAGAGUCUUGUAGGUGAAGUGAUACACAAAUCAAACAAACCAGAUGCAAAGGGUGACAGUCUUUCUAAUGGUAUUAUUUGUGCAAGCAGUCAAAGCUGUCAAGAGUCCUAUGUGCCAAAAAAUAAUGCUGGAAAUACAGAAAUGGAGAGUUAUGAAUCCUACAGCAUUAGCUCCCAAUCAGAUGACGAAGGUUAUGAGGAAUUUGUCGAAGAAUCUGAAACAAUAAUUUCUGAGAAGGAAACAGGAGUUUCAGAGAAAAGCGUGUGCAAUAAGAAUGAUAUAAUAAAGCAAAUGUUUGACAGUGAUAGCCAGUCUAAAGAUGCUGCUGAAAAUCGGCAUUUUAUUUUCAAUGAAAAUAAGGAAUUCAUUGCAACCAAAUUGACUGACCAUUCAAAUGCAAUAAACAGUUUAGAUAUAGAUGUAAAGCUGGAAGAUGCAGGUAAUGUUUCUAUAAAUUCCCAAAGCUUUAUUAAAAAAGUGCAGUUUGAUGAACUGAUUGUAGUCAGCAGUUGUGACAGCAUAGAUGACAUUAAUGAUCUUGAUGAAUCCAAAACACUUAGCCAGAUGCUGCUAGAAUCAGAAGAUGAACAACUAAAUAUUGCCAAAGAACCUGUUAAGCAUUCAGAGGAAGAAAUACAGAAUGAUGAACCUAGCAGUGCUAUAAAGAGUCUAAGUGAGGACUCUGACAGUGACGAUUUGGACAUCUUUAAAAACACGCUAACUCAGUCAUGUUUUCUAAAUAGUAAGAUCCAACAAACUGAUGGACAGUCUUCAAAGAAGAGUAAAGGGAAAGAUGAUCCCAUUCCUUUAAGUUAUACUGUGACUGUCUCUGAAAGAGCUGCUGAUGAAGAAGCCAGAUGUGUUGAUGAAAUUAAUGUGGUGGACAAUGCGAAUGGUUUUUCUGAAGAUAACGAUUAUUUAAAUGAAAAUGAUAAUCAGUAUAAAAAGAAAAGUGAAGAAAAUGAAUCUACAACAGAUUCUGAUAUUGGCUUUUUUGCAAAGAAAAUGUGUAAGCCUUUGCCAACAGAUAGUGAUACUAAUGAUGUUAAUGCAUUAAAACCUGAUGGAAUCAGUGCAAGCAAACAGUGUGAUCUUGGGGAAAGUACAAGUAACCAUACUGUGAUAGAUACUGACAUGUAUUCCAACAUUAAAUCCAAGUCUUCGAAGAUAACUCAUAAGCCUAGAACUAAUAAAAAUUGUCGAGGAAAAGUUGUUGAAUCUGAAAAGAAAUCAAUAAGUAAAGCUAGUGCUGAAAAUAUGAAUAGAUCUCGAAAACGAAAAGGAGAAGCAAAACAUUCUCGAACUGUUAAAACUGAAAAGAAAAGUAAGGUUAAAAGAAAGUUAGAUAAUCACAAUCAGAAAGACAUAUUGACUUUUUUUAUGAAUGUUAAUAAGGAGGAUAUAACUAUAAUUUCGGAGAGCAGUAGUGGUGAAGAUACUGGAAUGUUUUAUGGUAAAACUUACUGUUGUAGUAAGUGUCUAAAUGACAGAAAAGGACCGGUGAUGAAAAUAAUUGACCAGGACAGCCCAUGUUCAUGCAGUCAAGAACUUGAAUCAGUGUCAGGACAGGGUGACAAGGCAGUUGGUAUUACAAAUAAUGAUGAAAUAGACAAACAAACAUUUAUUCCUUUGAAGUCUUCAUGUAAAACACCGACAGUGUUCACAGAUGACAACUCAAUGUGUAGUGGCAACUCUUUGGAUAAACAAAAAAGAAGGCCUGAAAGUAGUCCCUCCAGGCAAAAUUCUAGGUCUCCAGCGUCCAAUUUGCAUGAAAUCAGUUGCUCAGGGCAAAGUUCUAAAUCUCCAGCAAAUACUUCACAUGAAAGAAGUCACUCAACCCAAAGAUCUAAAUCUCCGGCAUUGCAUUGGCCGGAAAGUGCAAAUUCGAGGCAAAGUUCUGAGACUACGGAGUUUGAAAUUGGAAACUUUUGUACUGUAUCACAAACUACUUACAGGAAUUUACAACUGAAUAGCACUUUAUCACAAACUACAUUUGCCAGGCUUGAUGGUGGUUUUAUACCAGACGAUAAUGAUGGUGAAAUAAAUGAUGAUUCUAUGACAGAUGUGAUUACUUCUGAUGAUGUUGCUGGGGACACCGCUGGUGAAUCAGGGAUUUCUUCAAGUGAGCAAAACCCAAGUGUCUUGCUGAACUACAUAACUGGGAAGGUUUCUGUAAUAGCGAAAAAUGCGGCGGACAUUUUAAUAGCCAGCAGUAAAUUCCUGUAUGGUCAAGGAGCUAGUUCACAGUCAGCCCAGAAUGCAAAAACAGUUAACGAGGUUUUAAUGACUACAGCUAGAAAUCUUCCAAAGUUGAUUGUUGGACAAGACAAUGGCCAAAAAAACCUAGUGCUGGUUCCCGAAAAGGAUAUCAAAAGCAAGGGGAUGGCAAUUCUGAUUUCUUCCCGAGUUGAUGAUCCAGCCCGGUACAAUCUUCAGUUAACCUUCGUAACAUUUCAUUUUAAACCCAGAAUUAUUCUGAAGCCAAGAAAAGAUUCACGCAGAAAGAAAAAAGUUAAAACCGAAACAGUUAUUAAACAUGAAAAUGAUGGAAAACCAAAUCUCAAAGCAGUAACCAAACGACGGAAAAGCAAGCAGAAAUCAGGAGGCAGCAUAGCAAGCUCACACAAGUUAGAUGGCAACAUUGCAGCAAAAAUUAAAGCAGAGAGGACACCUAGUAGAAAGAGUUCGGACCAGGAUCGGUCAGGGCGGUGUCCAGUGUGCCAGAUGCCAUUCACAGCCCUUUCGCUGGUAGAGACACCCAGGUGGCACGUUGAUGAUUGUCAGCUCACAUUUCUCUCAACUGAAAAAAAUGAUAACAAUGCUGUGGAAUGUCCACAGGGGACAGAGUGUGGUUCUACUAUUGCAAGCCAUUACAAAAGAUUUAAACACACAGAGCUGGCCAGGUCUCUCCGUAAAAGCCAGUCCGAGGCUACCAGCUCAAGAGAAAAUGUUGAUUCCGCCAAGGUGAAACUAAACUUUGACAGUUCUAAUCAGCUGUUUUUACCAGGAGCGUCAGCUGAUUGUGCAAUCACUCUGGACAUGACCAGUCCACUAUCUAGUUCACAAAGGUCAGGUGAUAUGUUGAUAGAUGAUAACCAUAAUGGUCUCAUAGAAUCUGACCAGGACAUGUUUAAAGAGGGUUUAGAUGAAGAAGUCAAUGAUAAAGCCAUCAGUAAAUACAAGAUGAGUGUUGUAGGUGAAGUGAUACACAAAUCAAACAAACCAGAUGCAAAGGGUGACAGUCUUUCUACUGGUAAUAUUUGUGCAAGCAGUCAAAACUGUCAAGAGUCCCAUGUGCCAAAAAAAAAUGCUGGAAAUAUAGAAAUGGAGAGUUAUGAAUCUUACAGCAUUAGCUCUCAAUCAGAUGAUGAAGGUUAUGAGGAAUUUGUUGAAGAAUCUGAUACAAAAGUUUCUGAGAAGGAAACAGGAGUUUCAGAGAAAAGCGUGUGCAAUAAGAACGAUAUAAUGAAGCAAAUGUUUGACAGUGAUAGCCAGUCUAAAGAUGCUGCUGAAAAUCGGCAUUUUAUUUUCAAUGAAAAUAAGGAAUUCAUUGCUACCAAAUUGACUGACCAUGCAAAUACAAGUAACAGUUUAGAUGUAGAUGUAAAGCUGGAAGAUGCAAGUAGUGUUUCUAUUAAUUCCCAAAGCUUUAUUAGAAAAGUGCAGGUUGAUGAACUGAUUGUAGUCAGCAGUUGUGACAGCAUAGAUGACAUUAAUGAUCUUGAUGAAUCCAAAACACUUAGCCAAAUGCUGCUAGAAUCAGAAGAUGAACAACAUGAUAUUGCCAAAGAACAUGUUAAGCAUUCAGAGGAAGAAAUACAGAAUUAUGAACCUAGCAGUGCUAUAAAGAGUCUAAGUGAGGACUCAGACAGUGACGAUUUGGACAUCUUAAAAAACACGCUAACUCAGUCAAGUUUUCUUUAUAGUAAGAUCCAACAAACUGAUGGACAGUCUUCAAAGAAGAGUAAAGGGAAAGAUGAUCCCAUUCCUUUAAGUGAUACUGUUACUGUCUCUGAAAGAGCUGCUGAUGAAGAAAACAGAUGUGUUGAUGAAAUAAAUGUGGUGGAAAAUGCAAAUGGUUUUUCUGAAGAGAACGGUUAUUUAAAUGAAAAUGAUGAUCAGUAUAAAAAGAAAAGUGAAGAAAAUGAAUCUACAACAGAUUCUGAUAUUGGCUUUUUUGCAAAGAAAAUGUGUAAGCCUUUGCCAAUAGAUAGUGAUACUAAUGAUGUUAAUGCAUUAAAACCUGAUGGGAUCAGUGCAAGCAAACAGUGUGAUCUUGGGGAAAGUACAAGUAACCAUACUGUGAUAGAUACUGACAUGUAUUCCAACAUUAAAUCCAAGUCUUCGAAGACAACUCAUAAGCCUAGAACUAAUAACAUUUGUACUAGAAAAGCUGAUGAAUCUGAAAAGAAAUCAAUUAGCAAAGCUAGUGCUGAAAAUGUGAAUAGAUCUCGAAAACGAAAAGGAGAAACAAAACAUUCUCGAACUGUUAAAACUGAAAAGAGGAGUAAGGUAAAAAGAAAGUUAGAUAGUCACAAUCAGAAAGACAUAUUGUCUUUUUUUAUGAAUGUUAAAAAGGAGGAUAUAACUAUAAUUUCGGAGAGCAGUAGUGGUGAAGAUACUGGAAUGUUUAAUGGUAAAACUAACUGUUGUAGUAAGUGUCUAAAUGACAGAAAAGGACCGGUGAUGAAAAAUAUUGACCAGGACAGCCCAUGUUCAUGCAGUCAAGAACUCCACCAAUCUGUGAUGGAUGAAUCAGUGUCAGGACAGGGUAACAAGGCAGUUGGUAUUACAAAUAAUGAUGAAUUAGACGAACACACAUUUAUUCCAUUGCAGUCUUCAUGUAAAACACCAACAGUUUUUACAGAUGACAGCUCAAUGUGUAGUGGCAACUCUUUGGAUAAACAGAAAAGAAGGCCUGAAAGUAGUCCUUCCAGGCAAAAUUCUAGGUCUCCAGCGUCCAAUUUGGAUGAAAUCAGUUGCUCAAGGCAAAGUUCUAAAUCUCCAGCAUCAACUUCACAUGAAAGUGGUCGCUCAACCCAAAGAUCUAAUUCUCCGGCAUUGCAUUGGCCAGAAAGUGCCAAUUCGAGGCAAAGUUCUAAAACUCCCGAGUUUGAAAUUGGAAACUUUUGUACUGUAUCACAAACUACUUACAGGAAAUUACAACUGAAUAGCACUUUAUCACAGAAUACAUUUGCCAGGCUUGAUGGUGGUUUUAUACCAGACGAUAAUGAUGGUGAAAUAAAUGAUGAUGCUAUGACAGAAGUGAUUACCUCUGAUGAUAUUGCUGGGGACACCGCUGGUGAAUCAGAAAAUUCUUCAAGUGAGCAAAAUCCAAGUGCCUUGCUGAACUACAUAACUGGGAAGGUUUCUGUAAUAACGAAAGAUGCGGCGGACAUUUUAAUGGCCAGCAGUAAAUUCCUGUAUGGUCAAGGAGCUAGUUCACAGUCAGCCCAGAAUGCAAAAACAGUUAACGAGGUUUUAAUAAAAACAGCUAGAAAGCUUCCAAAGUUGACUGUUGGACAAGACAAUGGCCAAAAACCUAGUGCUGGUUCCCAAAAAGGAUGGAAACAAAAGCAGGGGCAUGGCAAUUCUGAAUCUGGUGAUCAGCAUCGGAGAGUUCUUCAGUGUCCAUUCUAUAAGAAAAUACCUGGCACUAGUUUUACCGUGGAUGCGUUCAGGUAUGGGCUGGUGUCAGGCUGUCGGGUCUACUUUCUUUCCCAUUUCCAUUAUGAUCACUACGCUGGCCUGACAAAAAGGUUCACUGGGAAUAUCUAUUGUAGUAAGGUGACAGGUAACCUGGUUGCUAGGAAGCUGGGGGUGGACAGAAGGUAUAUCCAUACACUGGACAUGCAUGUUCCCACGGUGAUAGAGGGCACAGAGGUCACACUGCUGGAGGCCAACCAUUGCCCCGGUGCUGCUCUGAUACUCUUCAAAUUGAAGGAGAGAAAGGUGUACCUCCACACAGGGGAUUUCCGUGCCUGCAGGGAAAUGGAGAGCUACCCUGAAUUACAAAAUCUCCGCGUCAAUAGUCUCUACCUAGACACAACCUACUGCGAUCCUCAGUACUUGUUUCCACCGCAGAAUGACGUGAUACAGUUCACAGUGAAGCUUGCAAGGGAAGUAGUGCACCAAAAUCCCAAGACCCUGGUGGUUUGUGGAUCCUACACCAUCGGGAAGGAGAGAAUCUUUGUUGCAAUCGCCGAGGCUCUGGAUUGUCGUAUCUGUGUGACAUCUGACAAGAAGACUGUCCUGGACUGCCUAGAGGAUGUGGAGUUGUCCCGACGGAGCGUUGUAGGCUGGACCCAUUCAAGACUCCAUGUUUUACCCAUGAAUAAACUCAAAUAUCAGGGGUUGAAAGAUCACCUGAGGCAACAUGGCCGCUCAUACGAUAGGGUCCUUGCCUUUGAGCCUACAGGCUGGACGCACAGCAAGAAGAAGAUUGCCCUAGAAGACAUCAAACCAAAAUUCAACAAAGAUGGAAUAACUCUCUAUGGUGUACCAUACAGUGAACACAGCAGCUAUUUGGAGAUGAAGAGGUUUGUGCAGUAUGUGCAACCAGACAAGAUUCUGCCCACUGUCAAUAAUGGCAACGUGCACAGUCGGCGGAAUAUGGAGGUCAUCUUUCAAGCUUGGCGGGAAGAAAGUGUUGAUUUGUAGUGUGUGCAAGUUCGUUUUGGACAAAACACAUUAGCAAUGAUUAGGUGUAUGAUAGGGAGUCAGAUAAUCAAAAUAUAGUGAUUGACUUUUUUCAAGCAGUUUCUCUACAUGAAGCAGUAUGUUCCUGACAAUUUUCUAAAGUGAGUUAGUGAAAAAAUAGAAUGAACUGCAGCAGUUAAAGACUGCACCUCAAUUAGCUCGUUUCAGGAUAAAAAAACAAUGCCUGUAUGAUAUUGAAUUCUCUGGAAGGUGUGCUGUAUUUACACUAUUAAAUAUAAAAGAUGUUAUUGAUGUUCAUUCAAUAAAGAGUUAAUACGAAUUUGUAAAAGGAAUGUACUAUCUUAGUGUUGUUUCAGGAGUUUGGUCAAAGCCAAACUGUGAUGAUAACAUAUAAUUAUUGGUAAUUGAAGUUAUUUUCAUAAUAUGUUCAAGCUGAUAAUUGUAUUUAUAAAAGGGGAGGAUGAUUUUGCCAAAACAAUACCUUCAUUUUGCUAAAAACUAAUAAAUAAACCUCUAUAAAAGUGAGAUGAAUCAGCUGAAAAAUGAAUUAAUGAUAUUUAAUAAUUUUAUUGCAUAUAAACAAGUUUGCGUCACACAUUCAAAUGCAAAUAUUUCAGCAUAUAUAUAUAUACAAAAGGGUCGGGCCACAAGUUAUUACAACGCCCUCCAUGUUUUGUCAGACUAAUAUCAACAAAGAACUGGUAUAACAAAUUAUAAGUUAUCACUAUGAUAAACCUGUUUUGUUUAGAACAUUCUGGUGUAAACUAAGUACUGUGAAUUAAUUUGUAUUCGUGGGCUUGAAAUUUUGUGGUUUUUCAAAAAAAGACUAUUUCGUGGGUGGAGUACUUAAAUUUGUGUAUUCUCAAAAAGAUUUUUCAACCAAUAUGAAUUGUAACUAGCAUUUUGACCAGUCUGCAGAAAAAGUUGACUUAAAUAUGAGGGUAACAUAUUGUUUUUCUCCUUAUAAACCAAAAUUUUUAAUUGAGAACUUUCCCGCCAACUCCAUUCUGUUUAAUUUAAGCUGAAAAUUGAAUGUUUUGUAGAGAAGACAUGUUCAUUGUUUUAUAUUAUUUUCACAGACUAUGGUGUAUAGUUUCAAUGACUGUUUUCCAUAAUUGAUUAACAUGUAUUAUUUUGGAACGAAAUGGCAUUUGUAGUAACAACGUUGCAUUUUUGGUACUUAUGUGUUCUUUUGAUUUACAUUGUAAAAUAGUGGUUUGUAAGUUAAUCUUGUUGUUACUUUUACACCAUGCAGCGUACUAACAGUUAGUCAAGAUUAUCAUGUAAUAACAUGUUAUUUGCUCAAGUCAAGAACAGUAUUUUAUAUAAUCUCUCAUAAAAAGCUACAAAUGAGACAGUUUUAACACAACAAGAACAAGUUGUAAAAUGAAACUGGUAUAACAGGUGUUUUACUUAUAUGUAUGAAAAGUUCUUUGCGCCACAUGCCUAGAUUAGGUGUUUAUCUUUCAGAACAGGUACUUUUUAUGAAAUAUACACUCUCUUAGGAUGAUGUGGCCCAAAUGUGAUGAGUUUCUAAGCAUCGCAGUCUAAUAGAUUUGAUUUGACUGGAGCAUUAUGAGUAAAGAAGAGUCUAAAAAACAGUGUGUUUCUUUUCAAGGUGAAAUAUUGGUUAUAACAAUGGUAUUUGUAAGUAAGCAUUCGCAGCUAUCAACAUUCAUAAGAACAGACAGCAAACGUAUGCCUUUGUUUGUUUUUAUACCCCAACAAACAAAGUUACACAAGGUAUAUUGGAGUUGCAACAAGUUAAGCCAAUAUGAUUUAUGCUUGUUAGCUGUCCAUUACUUGACAAUAGAUAUCAUUAUAUCUUUAGCAAAUGUGCUAGUAGACAAAACAUUUUUGUUGGAAUUGUUUUUAUUAAGCACAAAAGACAAUGUUACAUGAUGGUGCUACUGGUACAGUGUUCUACUGUUCUCAUGCUGUGUUAUGUUGUUAUACAAUGUUACAUUAGUAUAUGAAUCUGAAUAUUAGUUUUGAAGGAAGCAAAUGUUACAUUAGUAUAUGAAUCUGAAUAUUAGUUUUGAAGGAAGCAAAUGUUACAUUAGUAUAUGAAUCUGAAUAUUAGUUUUGAAGGAAGCAAAUGUUACAUUAGUAUAUGAAUCUGAAUAUUAGUUUUGAAGGAAGCAAAUGCUACAUUAGUAUAUGAAUCUGAAUAUUAGUUUUGAAGGAAGCAAAUGUUACAUUAGUAUAUGAAUCUGAAUAUUAGUUUUGAAGGAAGCAAAUGUUACAUUAGUAUAUGAAUCUGAAUAUUAGUUUUGAAGGAAGCAAAUGUUACAUUAGUAUAUGAAUCUGAAUAUUAGUUUUGAAGGAAGCAAAUGUUACAUUAGUAUAUGAAUCUGAAUAUUAGUUUUGAAGGAAGCAAAUGUUACAUUAGUAUAUGAAUCUGAAUAUUAGUUUUGAAGGAAGCAAAUGUUACAUUAGUAUAUGAAUCUGAAUAUUAGUUUUGAAGGAAGCAAAUGUUACAUUAGUAUAUGAAUCUGAAUAUUAGAUUUGAAGGAAGCAAAUGUUACAUUAGUAUAUGAAUCUGAAUAUUAGAUUUGAAGGAAGCAAAUGUUACAUUAGUAUAUGAAUCUGAAUAUUAGAUUUGAAGGAAGCAAAUGUUACAUUAGUAUAUGAAUCUGAAUAUUAGAUUUGAAGGAAGCAAAUGUUACAUUAGUAUAUGAAUCUGAAUAUUAGAUUUGAAGGAAGCAAAUGUUACAUUAGUAUAUGAAUCUGAAUAUUAGAUUUGAAGGAAGCAUGCAUGUUCAUUUCUUGAUGAUGUAUUGUUAACUUACAUAAUGUAUUGUACUUUACAUGUGCUUGUAUAUUAAGCAUGUAUCUUCAUAGAAUUUUUGUUCCUGGAGCGAUAUUCAUAAAACAUGUUAAGUCAUUACAUAACUUCAGUCAUUUUCUUAUGUUAAGUAUCUUACUUACCAUAUGAUAAAUUCACUUCAUAAAAUCUUAAAUACUUUAUUUUCAUCGAUUUGAUUAAAAAUACAUACCUUUAUGUAAAUAAAACAUUUAUACUUUAAUUUUAAUUUGACUACAAAUUUUUGAUAAAUUGGCUUUAGUUAAGAAAUAACUUAAGAAGUUUAAUGAAUACCGCUCCAGGCUUAAGUGUAAAUGUAAAUGAAACAAAGUACAAAAACAUACAGUUAAAAUUAUCUCAGCAACAUGAGUAUUAUACAUAAUGAUAAUGUAUGUUUUGUUUACAUGUAUAUACAUACUUUUAAAGUAUUUUAAAGAUAUUUGUACAUACCAUUUACACUAUAUGUUUUUUAGCUCUACUGGCCAAAGGUAUAAAAAAAUGCUAUUGUGUAAACAAUUGGUUGUGAACACGAUACAGUCUUCAUUUUUGAUUGUAUCUCGAUGAAACUUGUACAGUAUUUAGAUAUCCAUUAGAGCUCGGUUCCUUUCGGAAACCAGCCAGAUCAGCCCAUGCAUGCCUGGAUUAUGGGUCUUGAAAGUAUAAAAAAUGCUAUUUUAAGCUAAGUCUAUUUUUAGCCAAGUCUACAUGAGCGAAGUCUAUUUUUAGCCAAGUUUACACAAUUGCUUGUGAAGGUUUGUUCAA